UUCUUCUUUAACCACAACAACGAACUGCUGCCUCUUUUUUACUUCUACUUCUCCAUCUCUGUGCUCCAUUAUCUCCACAGCAAACCGCCAUAUCAAACCCUAAAGCUUCUGAAUCAAACGCCGUGAGUUCAAAUAGAAGCUCAGAGUUGUGAUUGUUCAGAGAAAAUGAGGAAGAAAGUAGAUGACCGUAUUAAGACCUUGAUAGAAAAUGGCGUUAAAACUAGACAUAGAUCUAUUUUCGUUAUUGUUGGUGAUAAAUCUCGUGAACAGAUAGUUAAUCUUCAUUACAUGCUUUCAAAAUCAGUUGUCAAGUCUCGUCCCACUGUUUUAUGGUGUUAUAAGGAUAAACUUGAAAUCAGCAGUCACAAGAGAAAACGGGCAAGCCAGAUGAAGAAGUUAAAGCGGAGUGGUUUACUUGAUCCUGAGAAGGUUGAUCCUUUUACACUUUUUGUGGAAAGUAACGACAUGACAUAUUGCAUGUACAGAGACUCAGAAAGGGUUCUAGGAAAUACAUUUGGCAUGUGCAUUCUCCAGGAUUUCGAGGCACUGACGCCGAAUCUUCUUGCAAGGACAAUAGAAACAGUAGAAGGUGGUGGAUUGGUUAUACUGCUUCUCCGUUCUCUAUCAUCUCUCACUAGCCUCUAUACCAUGGUUAUGGAUGUUCACGAUAGGUAUCGAACAGAAUCCCAUUUUGAGCCGACUGCACGCUUUAAUGAGCGCUUCUUACUCUCCCUUGCAUCAUGUAAAGCCUGUGUAGUUAUGGACGAUGAGUUGAAUAUAUUGCCGAUUUCAUCACAUAUGAGGUCGAUCAAGCCAGUUCCGGUGACCGACGAUUCCGAGGGACUUUCAGAAACACAGCAGGAUUUGAAGAAUCUUAAGGAACAACUUAAUGAUGAUUUUCCUGUUGGGCCAUUAAUCAAAAAAUGUUGUACGCUGGACCAGGGUAAAGCUGUCAUAACAUUUCUCGAUGCAAUUCUGGACAAGACUUUAAGGAGUACUGUUGCUCUGCUUGCUGCUCGUGGUCGUGGAAAAUCUGCUUCACUUGGUCUAGCAAUUGCAGGAGCCAUUGCUGCAGGCUAUUCAAAUAUUUUCGUGACUGCACCUGGCCCAGAGAACCUGAAGACCUUGUUUGAGUUUGUCUGUAAGGGUUUUGAUGCACUUGAAUACAAGGAGCAUAUGGAUUAUGAUUUGGUCAAAAGUACCAAUCCAGACUUCAAAAACGCUAUUGUGCGAAUCAAUAUCUACAAGCAACACAGACAGACCAUACAGUACAUACAACCACAGGAGCAUGAAAAACUCUCCCAGGUUGAGCUCUUAGUUAUUGACGAAGCAGCAGCUAUUCCCCUGCCUGUUGUAAAGUCUUUGUUUGGCCCUUAUCUGAUCUUCCUUUCUUCUACUGUAACUGGCUAUGAAGGUACUGGACGCUCCUUAUCACUCAAACUUAUACGGCAGUUGGAAGAGCAGAGCCAGAAUAAUAAGAGUUUGGAAGGGGCUCUUUCUGGUAGAGUUUUCAAGAAGGUAGAAUUAAGCGAAGCCAUUCGAUAUGCACCUGGUGAUCCAAUUGAAUCAUGGCUUCAUGGUUUACUUUGCUUGGAUGCCACAAAUACCGUUCCUAGUAUCAAUAGGUUACCUCCUCCAAAUGAGUGCGAUCUUUACUAUGUCAAUCGGGAUACUCUUUUCUCUUAUCACAAAGACAGUGAAUUAUUUCUGCAGCGGAUGAUGGCUCUUUAUGUAUCUUCUCACUACAAAAAUUCUCCAAAUGACUUGCAACUAAUGGCUGAUGCUCCGGCGCACCAUUUGUUUGUUUUGCUCGGUCCUGUUGAUGAGUCCAAGAAUCACCUUCCAGAUAUAUUGUGCGUCAUCCAGGUGUGCCUCGAAGGGCAGAUCUCUCAGCGGUCUGCAAUGAACAGUUUAAAGGACGGCCGUUCUCCUCAUGGAGAUCAAAUUCCUUGGAAAUUUUGUGAACAAUUUAGGGAUUCUAUGUUUCCAAGUCUUUCAGGUGCUCGGAUUGUGCGCAUUGCUGUCCAUCCAAGUGCCAUGAAGCUUGGAUAUGGUUCAAUGGCAGUGGAACUUCUAGCGAGGUAUUACGAAGGACAACUGACUUCUAUUGAUGAGACCGAUGUUGAGCAGGAUGACGAAGAAAAAGCCCCUGUCAAAGUUACAGAAGCAGCUGAAAAGGUUUCCUUGUUAGAAGAAACUAUAAAGCCAAGAGCUAAUCUUCCACAUUUACUAGUGCAUCUUCGUGAACGGAAACCAGAAAAGCUCCAUUAUAUUGGUGUCUCAUUUGGGCUAACAUUGGAUCUCUUCCGGUUUUGGAGGAGACACAAAUUUGCUCCUUUCUAUAUCGGUCAAAUUCCGAAUGCUGUGACGGGUGAACAUACAUGCAUGGUUAUUAAGCCAUUGAAUAAUGAUGAUAUCGAAGUCAGUGGAUCCGAUCAAUGGGGUUUCUUCUCUCCGUUUUAUCAAGAUUUCAGAAGACGGUUUGCUAGACUCCUGGGUUCAAGUUUUAGAUCAAUGGAAUGCAAGCUUGCUAUGAGUGUCUUGGACCCCAGGAUCAAUUUCACAGAUAGUGAACCUGCUGCUGAAAAUGGCUUUAUUACAUCACUGAACGGAAUAUUAUCACCCCAUGAUAUAGACCGAUUGGAAGCCUAUACAAGUCAUCUUACAGAAUUUCAUAUGAUCCUCGACUUGCUACUAAUUAUUGCUCAUCAAUACUUCCAAGAGAAGCUUCCAGUUCCGUUGUCUUACGUGCAGGCCUCUAUUCUACUCUGCAUGGGCUUACAAAACCAAAAUGUCACUUGCAUCGCGGAACAAUUGAAGUUAACAAGGGAACAGAUUUUGUCAGAUUUUAUUAAAACUAUGAAAAGGUUUUACAAAUAUCUGCAUAAUGUCGCAGCCAAAGAGAUUGAGUCCACACUUCCUCGUCUUAAAGAGGUUGAAAUGUUACCCCACGAUAUAUCAUUGGAUGACGACCUGAAUGAUGCAGCAAAACAAGUCAAGGACAAGAUGAAAGCAGAAAGUGAGGGCUCUUUGAAUCCACAAUUUUUACAACAGUAUGCAAUUGUGGGCAAAGAAGCUGCUUUUGAUGAAGCUCUAAAGAAAGGGGCAGGAAAGAUUGGCGCAGGAGGUGUCAUUAGUCUGAAGUCAACUAAAGAAAAGAAGGAAAAAAAGGAGAAGAAGGAUGGGAAGGAGAAAGAAAGUGAUGAUAAGAGCAGUAAGAAAAGAGGGAAACAUGACUCUGGAUCACGAUCACACAAAAAGAAGAAAAACUAAGAUUCUGAUGGUUUUGUAAUUUUGAUAAUAUAUCUCGGUUUUAUAUCCUUGAUGAUUUUGAUCAUCUUUCAGCACAAUGACAAGUUGCCAAUUUCUAAUAUAUUGAGCAAUCUAGCUAAUAUGAAACUGUAGGGCUCUGCGAAGAUAAGUGAUGCAGUCUAAUUUUGCAUAUGUGCGGUAGUAUUUUUCCAUUGUCUAGUUAUCUUUUGGGCUCUCCUGUAUAAAUGGCAUGACAUGCUAGAAAAGAAUCAACUCAAUAAUUAUAUAUAAGAAAUGCAAGAAAAUUGUUUGUUUGCCUAA